CCAAUCACCACUGCUUCGUUUCGCCUAUGACGCUACUCCCUUCCGCACCAAACAUUUACCGGCGCAUUGAACGGAUGAAGCAAUCAAGCAACUUAACCCAAGUCGAAAAAACAAAACAAAAAAUGACCCUUUUAAGCCAAAUCAAUCAGUGUUUUGAUCAACAGCUUAACACGCCACCAUCGAAACCCUAACUCCAAAGCACAGGGCUUUUCCAUCCCUUUCUCUCCCAUUUUCUCUUGCGUUCUUGGGAACCAAACGGGUCCCCUCACUUCCCCUCUUGCUCCACUUUUCUACUUUCUUUCUUUCAAAUUAAAAAAGAGAAUUAUCCUCUUACUUUGCAGACAUUAAAAAGAAAUUAACAAUUCAAAACCACUUUCCCCAUCUUAAUUCAAGGGUUAGGUUUCCACCACCCAGCAAAGACGCAUGAAAGCUUAACCUAAAAAACCCCCCAAACCCACCCUCUAGAUUAUUCCCCAUGGAUUUUGUGGAGUUGGAGGCCAUCGAAGGUCUCCGCUGGUCCUGGAACUCAUGGCCAGCGUCUAAAUCUGAUUGCUCAGCUCUUGUCAUACCCCUCAGCGUCAUGUGCACGCCAUUGAUGCAAUCCUCCGAGCUCCCGAUCCUCCCCUACGACCCUCUCCUCUGCUCUCACUGCGGUGCCAUUUUGAACCCCUACGCCCGACUCGAUUACACGUCUCGCAUUUGGUACUGCCCGUUUUGUUACCAGAAGAACCCGUUUCCUCGCUCCUAUUCCGGUAUCGGAGAGACCAAUCUUCCCGCCGAACUUUUCCCCACUUACAGCACGGUGGAGUACGCCCCCGGGAGAAAGAGCAUGAGCCCCGGUGCCAACCCAAGUGGUCCGAAUUUGAAUUACAAGCAUAAUUGGUCGAACGGGCUCUCGUCGUCAUCUUCGUUGGCGUCUAUGGUUUCGUCGUCAUCGUCGUUGUCGAUGUCGGGCGGGGAUUUGCGAGGGGGAGGAUCUGCGUUUGUGUUCGUUGUGGACACCUGCACGGCCGAGGAGGAGCUACGGGCGCUUAAGAACGAGUUGUUGCUUUUGGUGGAGCGAUUGCCGGAGAAUGCUUUGGUGGGAUUGGUUACCUUUGAUUCUAUGGUUCGUGUCCAUGAUCUUGGAUUUUCCGAGUGCUCGAGAGUCGUUUUGUUUCAUGGAGAUCGCGAGGUUUCUUCAGAGCAGACCCAACAAUUUCUGGGUUUCAAUCCCACAAAGAAACAGCAUCUUGGAAAGACACCAGUUAUCCGAAAGCAGGGAUUUUUGCUACCAGUGUCUGAAUGUGAAUUCAGUGUAACUACUGCAAUAGAAGAGAUCCAUUCUUCACCGCAUGCCAGGCUGGGUCAUCGCCCUCUACGGUCCACAGGAACAGCAAUAUUAGCUGCACUUGGACUUCUGGAAGGAUGCUUAGUAAAUAUUGGCUCUCGUAUCAUGGUCUUCUCAUCUGGACCUGCGACUCUAGGACCAGGGAUUGUUGUAGACACAAAUCUUGUGAGCGCCAUCAGAACUCAUCGAGACCUGAUAAAUGGUCAAGCACCUUACUAUAGUAAAUCUAGCAGCUUCUAUAAGCGAGUAUCCCACAGGUUAUCCGAUGCAUCUAUUGUUCUUGAUUUGUUUGCUUUUUCUCUUGAUCAAGUUGGAGCUUCGGAGCUAAAAGGCCCUGUUGAGAGCUCAGGUGGAUUCAUGAUGCUAGGAGACUCAUUCGAGUCAAGCCAAUUUAGAAAAUGCUUGCAGCACAUUUUUGAUCGUGAUGAAGAAGGAAACUUGAAGAUGUAUUUUGAUGCAACUAUUGAGAUAGUGACCACUAAAGAUGUCAAAAUCUGUGGAGCCCUUGGACCUUGUGUAUCCCUUCGGCGGAAGAACAAUUUAGUGAGUAACAAUGAGAUUGGGGAGGGUGGUACUUAUAUAUGGAAGUUGGGCACACUCACUAGCAAAACAUGCUUUGCUUUUUUCUUUCAAGUGAGCGAUGAGCAGAAGGUCCAACCUGGAUCUGCAUUUUCCAUACAAUUUAUAACACGAUAUCGAUAUGGGAACACGGAAAUAAGGAAAAGAGUGACGACUGCUGCAAGACGAUGGGUUGGAAACCACUCACCAGAAAUUGCUGCUGGAUUCGACCAAGAAGCAGCCGCUUCUGUGAUGGCAAGACUUGCUAUUGCUCGAGCAGAAAAGUGUCAAGCCCGGGAGGUUAUCAGAUGGCUGGAUGAUGCAUUGAUCCGUUUUGCUUCUAAGUUUGGUGAUUAUGUCCAGGAAGAUCCUUCUUCGUUCCGCCUUUCAUCCAAUUUCUCACUUUAUCCACAGUUCAUGUACUACUUAAGAAGGUCCCAGUUUAUUGAUGUAUUUAACUGUACUCCUGAUGAAACUGCUUUCUUUCGGCUGAUGCUGAACCGUGAGGGGGUGGUUGGUUCGCUUAUCAUGAUCCAACCUACACUUCUCCAAUAUUCCUUUGAUGGGCCGCCUAUUCCAGUCCUCUUAGAUGUUCGCUCGAUUUCUCCAGAUGUUAUUUUGCUCUUUGAUUCUUAUUUCCAUGUGGUUAUUCAUUACGGAUCUAAGAUUUCUCAGUGGAGGAAGCUUGGUUAUGACAAGGACCCAAGCCAUGGGAAUUUAAGAAAGCUGUUGGAAGCUCCAGAGCUUGAUGCAGAGCAGCUCGUAGCUGAAAGAGUUCCUGCCCCUAAGAUUAUAAAAUGUGAUCAGCAUGGCAGUCAGGCAAGGUUUCUUCUAGCAAAAUUGAAUCCAUCCGUUACUCAUAAUUCGACAUACAUGCAAGGAUCAGAUAUUAUUCUCACUGAUGAUUUGAGCUUGGAAGUUUUUAUAGAUCACUUGCAGGCCCUGGCUGUGCAGGGCUGAUGAAAAGGAGCACUGUAUAGAGUUUUUGUUUAUUUAAUCAAACGGAAAGGAAUUACUGUAUAUAGCUGUCGAGAGAAGUUCUUCUAAUGGUUGUUACCAACAAGGCGGCAUCUCCUGCACUGAGCACAAGACGCGGCUUUUUUCAUUUUCUUAUCAUUUUGUAAGUAGGGGAGUUGUUUUUUCAAUAUCUACUAGACUAAUGAGAACAUGAUCG